AAGCAUCGUGGUCUGGUGCCCAAGGCCUGAGAACAAAUGGCGGCUGGGGUGCGGGGGAGGUAGGGGUGGAAACAGUCGGGUGAGGACGGUGAGGAGGGCCCGGAUCAGGAAAGGGACCCGAGUCCGCGUGAGUCCAUGAGCGCGCAGCCCCCGCCCCUGCCUCCCGUCUGUCUGCAGGUCUGCGUGGCUGUUGUCCCCAGCACUCUGUGACGCCUGACAAGGAGGCGCAACCUGUCCAGAGUCUCUACAGGCCAGGAAAAGCACGGGAAACCUCACCAUGGAGAAACCCUACAAUGAAAGUGAAGGAAUGCCUUCAAACCAAGGAAAGAUGGAAAAUGAAGAACAGCCACAGGAUGAGGAAAAGCCAGAAGUAGCUUAUACUCGGGAAGAUGAGGAAAAGUUAGGAAACGUGGGAAAGACAGAAGAUGAGGGAAUGCCAAAGGAUAAGGAAAAGCCAGAUAAUGAGGAGAAGGCAAAUGAAAAAGGAGAGCCAGAGAGGGAGGCAGAGUCCAAAGAGGAAGGCGAGCCAGAAAGUGAAAGAAGGGCCGCAGAAAAGCGCCCACCUGAGGAUGAUAUACCUAGGAAAGCCAAAAGAAAAACCGACAAGGGGCUGGCCCAGUACCUCAAGCAGUAUAAAGAGGCCAUACAUGAUAUGAAUUUCAGCAAUGAUGAUAUGAUAAGAGAAUUUGACAAUAUGGCUAAGGCGGAGGCUAAAACGAGAAAAAGCAAACAGAAGUUGGGGGCGUUUUUGUGGAUGCAAAGAAAUUUACAAGACCCCUUCUACCCGAGGGGCCCAAGGGAAUUCAGGGGUGGCUGCAGGGCCCCACGAAGGGACACUGAAGACAUUCCUUAUGUAUAGUGCCCCUGGCCAGCAUUUUCCAGGCCCUUGCUCUAUAAUUUUGCUUUAGCUGUCUCCUGUUACCAGUAUGUUUCAAUAGAGGAUUAUCACCCAUGUACAUUGCAAAGACUUUAUGAUUCUUGGAAAAAUAAAGCAGCAUAUAAUAUCUACA